CGCUCUAUGUAGAAAUCGUGUUUCAAUGACAUUCCAGUUACUGUCAUAAGAGAAGCACCACGUUUGUCCAGUGGACGAUACAGAAAUGGCUUUAUAUUCUUUAUUUCGCUCUGUCAGAAGUGAGCUAGGCAAGGUAUGUCUCGCGCAGCAUCAUUCUAUCUACACCAGCUGUCCCAGUUUAGGGGCAGAUAAAGCUCUUCUUCUGAAAUUGCGCAAAUCCACCGGCUACACCUUCAUCAACUGUAAAAAGGCACUGGAGAAGUUUAACAAUGACAUUACACAGGCAGAAAGCUGGCUACACGAGCAAGCACAAAAAGAGGGAUGGAGCAAGGCGAGUAAGCUGGAGGGUCGGAAAGCCAAGGAGGGAUUGAUUGGCAUUGUGAUGGGUGACAAUUCUGCUGUCAUGGUUGAGGUGAACUGUGAGACAGAUUUUGUGGCAAGGAAUGAGAAGUUUCAGCAGUUGGUGAAGGAUGUUGCUUUGUCUGUAAUGGCACAUCACAAAAGCCAAAGACACACAGGCUAUAUUAAGAGUUUGGUGUGGUCUGAUGAUAUUGCUAAGCUUCACUUGCCCGAGGGACCUUCACUGGCAGAUCAGCUCGCUUUGACGAUAGGGCGACUGGGUGAGAACAUCGGCAUGAGGCGAGCUGUGUCACUUGGCGUUCCCUCCGACUGGCACAUUGGUGCAUAUGUUCAUGGGGCGGUUCCUGGUCAGGUCGGCAUGGAGAUGGGACACUAUGGAGCGCUUGUUGUGUUUAAAGGUGGAUCGAAGGAGGUGAUGGAAACUCUAGGAAGGAAGCUCGGGCAACAUAUAGUUGGCGAAGCACCGGUUGCUCUUGGCAACAUGGACGAUAUACCAUGUGGUGACUCAGAGACGAGACUCUUGCCCCAAAGCUUCCUUCCAGAUCCCAAAUAUACAGUGGGACAGUACCUGACUCUACAUGAUGCACACGUGCUGGACUUUAUACGCUUCCAGCGUGGAGAAAACACCAGUCAGGAGGAGUGAGAAGAGCCGUCUGAAUGAGAAAAUACAGACCUUUUUGUUGUUGUUGAAUUCUGUAAAACAUGAAAUGUUCCUUAAAGAAUAAAGAACCUGUAUAAAAUUAGUUUCCCAACCACUCGGUUGAAAACAGUGCUUUUUAUGAACAUGUUUAAACUGAUAAAUUAUCUAAAGAUGCUGUCAUUGUUUGACAUUUGUAUAAUUUUGUCAAACAAUGACAUUUAUAUCUAUCCAGUCACGACCCUUAAGAAAAAUAUGAUUUGAUCAGCAAAGAUUCUGAUAGUGGCUACAGAACUGAUACAUGAAGAAAUGUUACUGAUAAACAACAAAUCUGUCUCAAUCCUGUUAAACUUUUGUCCCACCACCAUAAAUAAAAAAGUUUAU